AAAUGGCGAUUGGUCGAAUGAAUGCCGUUGAAGUCAGCUGUUACUUCUCGCCCUUCUAGCACCCCCGACGCCCACCCCCGUUUGAAAGUAUCGCCAGGAGAGCCUAUUCGUGAGAGAGAAGCGUCUCAGUGUGAGUUGUAAUGAGAGGAACACACGAGAAAUGAGCUCAACGUUCGGCGACAAGAUAGAGGACUAUGACGUGUUGGACCUCCUAGGAAAGGGAGGGUUUGCCUGUGUGUACAGAGCUCGCAGCAAGAAAAAUGGACAAGAAGUUGCCAUAAAGAUGAUUGACAAGAAGCUGAUGCAGGCAGGGAGUAUGGUGGCUCGGGUGAGGAACGAGGUGGAGAUACAGAGCCGGCUGAAGCACCCAGCCAUUCUGGAGCUCUUUAACUACUUUGAGGACAACCACUACGUGUACCUGGUCCUGGAGGUCUGCCAGAAUGGAGAGCUCAACCGUUUCCUCCGUUCCUCUGGUCGCAGACUCACCGAAGAAGAAGCUCGCUGUGUGUUCUCACAAGUGGUGCAGGGCCUGCUCUAUCUUCACUCUCACAACAUCCUCCAUCGAGAUCUCUCGCUCUCUAAUCUUCUUCUCACCUCCAGCAUGGAUGCCAAAAUCUCUGAUUUCGGGCUGGCCACGCAGCUGAAAGGCCCCGGGGAGAAACACUACACCAUGUGUGGGACUCCAAACUACAUUGCUCCUGAGGUUGCGAGUCGACAAGCACAUGGACUGGAGUGCGACGUGUGGUCUCUGGGCUGCAUGCUCUAUACUCUACUAGUCGGCCAGCCUCCGUUUGAUACAGAUGGUGUGAAGGGUACCCUAAACCGAGUAGUUACUGGAGAUUUUCAUAUGCCAAGACAUCUGUCAGUUGAAGCACAGGACCUUAUCUCUAGUCUACUGAAGAAGAAUCCUUCUCAGAGAUUGACGCUCUCCCAGAUAUCCAAUCAUCCCUUCAUGAGCCAGCCACGCCCACCAAUUACAGCGCCUGCCUCCCUGGGUUCCCUGGACAGCGGACACGCCACCAUGACCUCCACCUCCUCCCCUCACACCCCGCACUCCUCACCCCUCACCGCCAGCACCAGAGGUCCACUGAGAGCAACAAUCAGACCUCGCGGACUCCCUGCCUCACACCCUCCCUCCACACUCACCACUUCCUCACACCCUCUCUCCGCUCUCUCAACUCACAGACGGAGCCGCAGUGUCGACUCUAUUCGUCCCAAAUCCGAAGCCACACCCACCAAUUACUCACAGCAGCCUCACACCCUCUCUUCUCGUCGCUCUCCACUGCACUCUAGCACUGAGAACAUGGCUAACACGCGCGCUUAUAAUUCUAGCACGCGUGUUAACCACUGGAAUGAGGGGAGGAUUUCUGGAGGCAGUAAUAAAGAAAACAGAUCAAUGAGAGGUGGAGGGGGGCAAAAUGGUGGAGAAAAUUCGGCCCCCUUGAAAACUAGGGGUUCCACUGGUGGUGGUAUCCCAUUCAAGGAUCGGACAAACACGUCUCAGAAUAUGGGACAGCAGGGGGAGAGAAAGACGGGGAGCAGGGGAAUUCCCUGAGUGAGCUGACUCCGCCCCUCAAUGCCGCCCGACUCCGCCCAAUUCGUCAGAGCACUCGGACAGCCACGGUGUCCAUCACAGAUGGAACGGAAGGUGGUCCUCCAUUUCACUGGCAGGAAACCCCACGAUAGUCAGACUCCUUCCUCGACUGUAUCGGGAGAGAUUCUUCAGAUCUCUCAGAAUGGAAUGGACGUGGAGAUACUGAAGCCGCUCCACUCGUCCCGCAGUCUCCACAAGCCGUCAGAGGAGCACGAAGGGUUCUGUCUCCACGCCAGCCACACCUACCACGACCUCCCUCCCCGCUACUGGAAGAAGUACCAGUACGCGGCUCACUUUGUCUCCCUCGUCCGCUCAAAGACUCCCAAGAUCACCCUCUACUCUGAGCGAGCCAAGUGUAUGAUGAUGGAGAAUGCACCGAGCCCUGACUUUGAGGCCUGUUUCUACUCCGGAGCCAAGAUCCAUGUGGGGGGUUCAAAGGUGAGGUGUAUCGAGGACUCGGGGAACAGCUAUACUCUUGAGGAGUGGAGUCAGUCAGGUCCCUGACACUAUUGCCCCCUUCUACCAACACGUGCUCCUGUGUCAGGAGAGAUGUCGGAGUGUGGAGCAGGCCAUAUCCGGCUUAGAGAAACAGAGUCCAGGAGAUUCCUUCUUCCCAGUCACCAUUGGCAGGAGACCUGCGGUCUCAGUCGAUGUUUGCAAGCCACAGACCACCACCUUUUCCUCGUCCUUCCUCCCUCCCCUCACCUCCUCCAUUGCUCCCCACCAGCAGCACACCAGUCCAUCAGGACUCACCGACGUCUGUCAAACCUCUCCCUCCAUCAUCAAUGUACAGAUGUCCAACCAGAGCACGCCUCUUGACUCCACCCACAAGUCUGUGAGGCCCCGCCCCAAUGGGUGGAGUCACUCGGACAAGUCAAUGAGCUCAGUGAUCGGAGUAAAACGGAGUAAGCCCCGAGCACUCAGCGAUACCAUUGGCCAACACCCCAAUCCUACUGCCAUCCUCAAAUCUGUCUUUGUUCAGAACAUUGGCUGGGCCAUGCAGAUGGCUACUGGAGAGGUGUGUGUCAACUAUGGAGAUGGUAGUCAGCUGAAGCUGGCGUCCUCUGCCUCAUCUGGUGGGACUGUCACUUACGUCGAUGCCAGCGGACAAGAAACACGGUACGGAAGGACUAGUGCCAUUCCUGAUGGUGUGAGGAGACGACUGCAUCACAUGCCACAAGUCAUCAAUAAACUAGCCUCUUUUGAUAUUUAGCUCACUAUUAUCAUUAUUAUCAGCCACUUUCUCAUGUCGCAACUGUGCAGCAUUUUGAUAUCAUCAUCGAUCUCAUGAUUAACGAUAUUCAAGGAGGGCUCUAUUUAGAGUCAUCGUGCAGAGCUAUGAUUACGUGCGUGGAUAGUAUUAUACGUACGUGACGUACGUUGCUGGGAUCGCGGGAAGACCAAGCUUCUAACCCUCGGCGCGCAUGCGCAGCGAUGUUACAG